UUCCCAUUUCUCAGCUCUCCGGCUCUGCCCUGCUGGUAUACGGCGAAGAGCAGAGCAGAUUAGGAUUAGGGUUUCGGAUCAAACCCUUAUCUUCCCUCCUCGUAGGGCUUCCCUCCUCCGAAGAUGGCGUCGUCGUCGUCAUCGGUGUGCAUAAACGAUUCUCUGAGGGACGACGAGCUCAGAGCUAUACUAUCGAGGCUUGAAACCGCCAAGGAGAAAGAAGUGUUCGGUCUGGUUUGCAAGCGUUGGCUCCGUUUGCAGAGCUCCGAGAGGCGCAAGCUCUGCGCCCGCGCCGGGCCCCACAUGCUCCGCAAGGUGGCCGCCCGAUUCAGCCGCCUCCACGAGCUUGAUCUCUCCCAGUCCGCGUCGCGCUCCUUCUACCCCGGCGUCACAGACUCCGAUCUCUCCUUCAUUGCCAACGCAUUCCCCUGCCUGCGUCUCCUCAACCUUCAGAAUUGCAAGAGUAUCACUGAUACUGGAAUGGCAGCUAUUGGGUGCGGUCUUUCUUCUCUACAAUUCUUAGAUGUAUCGUACUGUAGAAAGCUAACAGACAAGGGGUUGUCAGCUGUUGCCGAGGGCUGUUGUGACUUAAGAAGCGUGCAUCUCUCUGGUUGCAGAUCUGUUACUGAUGCAGUGUUGCGGACUUUUUCCAAGAACUGUCAUAACCUAGAAGCUUUAGGUUUGCAGGGAUGCACCAACAUAACAGACUCUGGGCUCAUUCUUCUUGUUGCCAGUUGUCAAAAGAUAAAGUACUUAGAUGUCAAUAAAUGCAGUAAUGUUGGAGAUGAGGGGAUAUCCAGUGUAUCCCAAGCUUGUUCAUAUUCUCUGAAGACGCUCAAGUUGUUAGAUUGCUAUAAAAUUGGAGACGAGUCUGUAUUAUCCUUGGCCAAAUUCUGUAAAAACCUAGAAACGCUCAUAAUUGGUGGUUGCCGAGAUGUAUCAGAUUUGUCCAUAAACUUAUUGGCCACUGCUUGUGGUCAAAGUCUCAAGAACCUUCGGAUGAAUUGCUGUGUAAAUGUUUCCGACUCUUCAUUGAAUUGCAUCCUCUCUCACUGCAGAAAUCUGGAGGCUCUUGACAUUGGGUGCUGUGAGGAGGUGACUGAUGCUGCUUUUCAGGGAUUAGGCAAUGACGGAUUUGAGUUAGUUUUGAAGGUUUUGAAGGUCAGUAACUGUCCAAAAAUAACAGUGGCUGGGAUAGGCCUACUUUUGGAUUUAUGCAACUCUCUAGAAUACCUUGAUGUGAGGUCUUGCCUGAAUGUCACAAAGGCAGGUUGCGAUGAGGCUGGAUUGCAGUUUCCCGGUCAUUGUAAAGUUAAUUUUUCUGGGAGUAUAACAGAACCAGACAUUCUACUAUGAAGCUAAGCUUGGAUGUCCGACGCCUCGAGAAUUCACUUCUGAUAAUAUGCUAUACAGCUAUGGUGGGCAAUGAACAUACUGGUUCAGUGCAAGAACCAGUGGGAUAUUGCUACUUUCGGCAUGUGCUCGUCCUUGUUAUGUAUAGGCUUCAGAUUUCUGGAACAUGUUGACCUGGUUUCAUGUUUGUCACAUAGAAGAAUUUGUUUAUUAGUCUGUACACUAUUGUUGGCUCUUUUUUCUGUAUCUGUUUUAUGUUGGUAAAUAAUCUUGUAAUUUACUCGCACAUGUUGAUCUCAUCUGGAUUCUGGGAUGAAUAUAUGAACCUGUGUCUUUGUAAA